UCAUUACAACUCUUGCGAGUCAUGAGCGCCUGGUACCUAAUUACACAAGGUUCUAAAGAGAGCUGGAUUAUAAACAUUACAUUAUAUUUUAUCUAAGUCUUUGAUUUUUGAUUCGUUAGUGGAAUAGCUUACUAAAUGUAACGCAUCUAUAUUUUUUUGGUUAUAUAGUUAGUACUUUUAAAUUUAUUAAAUUUAAACUGUUGCAAAUUAUGAGCGCCUGGUACCUUAACUGUUUUUUAUUCUCUUUUAAUAGCUGGGUGAUUAAAACAAGCGUGGUGUCUACUUAUAAUAUAAAUAUGAAAUGAGGAAUGCGAGGGAAGAAAUGAAAAGCCUGUCACUCAGCAUGCUACUGCUUUACCGACAGAGCGAGGCACAGCAGAACCCUACAGGGCCAAUAGCUAGCUUCUUGAGAACAAACUUUGUAGGCCAUCCAGUGGUGCAUGAGAAGACAUCUUGGAUUUUCGACCCUGACGUUUCACUGAAGAGGCGAAGACUGUUCAUCGAGCUACAUGGUGAUAAAGGAGAGAAGUUGAUUGAGAGAUUGGGACUGGGCAUUGAUGGAAGGGAUCUUGAAAGACUGCAGAAGCAAAGGCAAAGGGAUGAAGGGCAUCUAGGGGGUCUUAACUUCUACCUUCCCUAGAUUAAGUCAUGUCCAAUUUGUACAUACAGAUUUUGGAGUAGAAGUCAUCAAUUAUAAAUUACUAGCUGUCGUGCUGUAGUGCCCGU